AUGAAUGUUAUGAGAAUUGUGGAAAAUCCGCAGGUGAAAGCUCGCUCUGGUAAGGAUCUUGAGACAAGUUGGGUUCCACUGGACUCCAUCCCUCCAAAUACACACACUCCACUGAAAGACAUUCGGGGACGAUGGCAGCAGACUCUAUCCAUUGAAAGACCCUCUAGAAUAAUUACCAACACAAGUGCCUUAAGUACAACUCUUCAGUCAACAUUGAUUCCAGGCAGAGCGGAUCCACCAGAUCUCUCGGAUAUUAGCAUGGUUUUCUCCAAAUUGCAGAGAGGAAAGUAUGGAACCUGAUGCAGCCAAGGAGGCCAUGCCUCAUCCAAAGACCAGGAAGAGCCCCCUUGGGCCAUGGAACUCUAAUGGCUUUAUGGGUGUUUUCUUUAACCGUGAAGAAGGUGUACCUAUUUCAAAGCUUCUUAAUAUCAGGCCACUGCAAAGCAGCGCUGGCUCUGUUAAUGCCCCCAAUGGAGCGAGUGAACAAGAAACCAAUCUAGGUUGGAAGCAGACACAGAAUUUACAGGACAAGUUGCCUGCUGUUGAUGGUCACUUGAACACCACUAGUCCAAGUGUUUUUGAGGACGAUUUUGAUCAUGCAAGGCAUGAAAUACCCCAAGAAAACCAAGGAAUUAUUACAGCUGCUAAAGUAUUAAGUCCUAAAGUCACCAGUCCAAAGCCGGCCAAGCAGAGGCUUCCUGGAGCAGACGAGGGAAAGAAAACAUUGUCAGAUAAUCAACCUGAAAAAAGGAACACCAGCCACGAUCCUCUUGAUGAUCUCUAUAAACUUGCGAUUACUUCACCAAAAAUACACAUCCCUCGAAAAGAGAGCGCUCCUGAAGUCUCCUUGAGAAAAGAGAACUGCCCAAAGCAGGAGAACCAAUCCAAACAGGAGGAGAAGAUUGCACUGAGUGAAUGGUUUGUGAAAGGCAUUGAGAACAAAGGAGUCUUCGUAGAAGGAAAACGAGUAGACUGUGAAGACCUCUACUGGCACAGCAAUAUCAUUACGCAUCGCAUUGAUUCACACAAAGUGAAGACUCUGACAGGCCGAGUGUAUGAACUGCAGGGUAAUCCAGACACUGCCUGCAUGUUGCAAGCUGGUUGUCCAUCUUGGCUUGUAGAAAAGUUUCAACUCGGUUUUCCUGACAACUGGAAAAGUUAUGUCAACUCCUUCUUAGAGUUUAAA